GGUGGUCGUGAGCUUGAAAGAAGAUAGUGGACGUUACCGACGCUCAACAGACGGCGUGUCAGUUCCCGCCAAAAAUAUGGAGCUCAUUUUCCCCUUUAAUGAGGGGGUAGUGGACCUUCAUUUGAUCCGGAGGGACGAGCAUUCAGUGAAUGUACCUGUCUAUACCACAAGCGACAGAGGGGAUAUAGUCAGACAGUACAUACAUGAUAAAAAUAAUGUGUUUUUCUACCAAGACGAAAGUAAAUUUGCAGCUUUCUAUGUAGAAACCACGAACUCCUCAUCGUGUAUUUUUGGAAGCUUUGAAGACAGAUCUCAGGAAUAUUUUCUGGAACCAAAGGAUAGAAAUUGUGAUCCUAAAAAUUCUCCAUUGUUCAAAGUUCUGAAAAUCCAACACACCAAUAUCCAGUAUGCUGACAGUGUUAUAAUGGAUAAACUUCCGAAUCGACUCCCCAUGUCAAAGAAUUCUGAAGCAAACAGAGAGAAGAGGUCUACUCCAGAGUAUAAGAUAGAAAUGCUUCUAAUUAUCGACUUCUCCGUGUAUAAUUACUGGUACACACAAAGCACGGCGUCUACAUCAGGAGAAAAAGACACAGAGGCGAAGGGAAACAUCAGACAGUUUUACGCAUGGGUCAUCAACGGGAUGGAUGUAAGAUACAAGAACAUCCAGACUUCAGCUUACACCAUAUCUAUUGUCUUCGCCGGAAUUUAUAUAGCAGAUCAACCGUCUAAAUCAUCAUUUACUGAAAGUAACAAAGAUUCAUCCACUCCAACACCAAAAGUGGACGCCAACACUGUUCUCACUGACGUCACAUCCUGGGUCCAGGGUAGUUCCGGUCUUCCCAGCCAUGAUCAUGCUAUGAUGUUUUCGAGGUAUGAUUUCACUAGUAGUGGAUCAAGCAGUAAUGCAGGAUUGGCAUGGGUAGGGGCCGUUUGUACAUCAAACAGCGUAUCUAUAGUAGAAGACCACUUCAACUUCAUCAUAUUGACAGUAGCAGCCCAUGAACUAGGUCACAGUUUGAGUGCUGAGCAUGAUGGGACAAACAAUGCAUGUAACGGAGCAGAUGCGUACAUAAUGGCUGCCUCUUCCUCCACUCCUGACAACACAAACCCAUGGAAAUUUUCCUCCUGCUCCACCACAUAUUUCACCAAUUACAUCAACACACUCAACAGCGGAAGCGGAAAUUGUAUGACGUCUCUGAGUGCUAGCUUUGACCCAACUGCUCUAAGUCAAUACACAAGUUUACCUGGUCAGGUGUUUGACGCGGAUGCAAUGUGUAAACACAUUGUGGGAUCGGGAUCCUCAUUCUGCCAGUUUCCAUACAGCUAUAACUUUACUUCAUUAUGUACCACACUUUGGUGCCACAAAACAGAUGGGAGUGGACAGUGUGAAUCAUCACUGGGUGGAGAUGGCCUGCAGUGUGGAAAUAGAAAGUGGUGUAUAUCAGGAGAGUGUGUGUAUGACGACUGUGCUCCAUCUGGGGAUGAAACUUGUUUGUAUGGUGACAGAAGUGGGAUUAUAAUUAAUUAUAAUGGAGUAGAUAAAACAUGUGCUGACAUUGACAGUGAACCAUUUAUUUGUUAUUCGGGUGAAGUCAGCAAGAAAUGCUGUAAGACUUGCGGCAAGCACAACACUGGAAGGCAAGGCUGUGAAUAUGGUGAUAAAGUUAACGUUUGUACAAGUGCCUAUUGUCCUCAAUAUGGAGAUACUCUCUGCUGUGGAACAUGCUACACUGGAACAACUGUACCACAACCAACAACCACAUCUUCACCAAAUCUGUGUAAAACAACCACAACUUCACUAACAACAACCACUACACCAACAACCACUACAUCAACAACCACAACAACUACAUCAACAACCACAACAACAACACCAACAACCACUACACCAACAAUGACAACCACUACACCAACAACCACAACAACUACACCACCAACAACCACAACAACUACACCCAUAACCACUACACCAAUAACCACAACAACUACAUCAACAACAACCACAACCACUACACCAACAACAACCACAACCACUACACCAACAACCACAACCACUACACCAACAACCAUAACCACUACACCAACAACAACCAUAACCACUACACCAACAACCACAACCACUACACCAACAACCACAACCACUACACCAACAACCACAACCACUACAACCACAACCACUACACCAACAACUACAACAACCACACCAACAACCACUACACCAACAACCACAACUACACCAACAAUCACAACCACUACACCAACAACCACAACAACUACAUCAACAACCACAACCACUACACCAACAACAACCACAACCACUACACCAACAACCACAACCACUACACCAACAGCCACAACCACCAUACCAACAACCACAACCACCAUACUAACAACCACUACACCAACAACCACAACCACUACACCAAUGACUACAACCACUACACCAAUUACCACAACUACUACACCAACAACUACAACUACACCAACAACCACAACAGCCACAACCACUACUCCAACUACCACAACCACUACAACCACUUCACCAACCACAACCACAAAACCAACAACCACAACCACUACACCAACAACCACAACCAUCAUACCAACAACCACAACCACUACACUUACAAUCACAACCACUUCCCUACCAACAACUACAACCACUACACCAUCAACUGCAACCAGCACACCAACAACUACAACCAAUACACAAACAACAGCCACAACAGCUACUUCAACAAGAAUGGCCACUCAACCAACAACCACAACUAAGGCAACUGCAACAACAAUAACCACUCCACCAACAACCACAACAACACUAACAACAAUUACUACACCAAUGACCACAACAACAAUACCAAUAACAACAACUUUACUAGCAACCACAACCAAUGAAACAACAACCACAUCUAUCAACCCAACAACUAUUAUGUCAGCAACCACAACCACUACACCAACCACAAUGACAGAAACAACAACCACAACAACUACACCAAGAACCACAACCAAUACUCCAACAACCACUACAUCAACAUCUACAACCACUUCACCAACAACCUCAACAAUGAUGACAACAACCAUAACCACUUCACCUACAACCAACACAGACAUUCCAAGCUCAACAGUCAGCUCAACUGUGACCCCUAUACCAACUACAGUAACAACUUCUACUACACCAACAACCACAACCACUACACCAACAACUACAACAACACCAACCACAACCACUACACCCCCAAAUACAACAACAACGACAACCACUACACCAACAACCACCACUACACCAACAACCACAACCAUUACACCAACAACCACAACUUCAGUGUCUACAACAAGCACUAAAACAAAGGCAACAACAACAACAGAGUCAACAACUACAACCCCUGUAACUACAGUAGAAACUACGACUGUGAGACCUAAUGAGAGAAGAUUUAUAUUUGUGAUAAGAAUUUUGAUUGUGGUGACUGAGGAUCUCACUAUCAGAGCCCAGUACUUACUUGUGGUGAUCAGGGCUGAAGCUGCAUUGACAGCUCUUUAUAGAAGAAGGCUUGGUAGUCGGUUCAAAAGAUGUAAAGUAAGGGGAGUAAGGCCAAAGGGGCAUUGUUUGAACUUUCACAAAAUAUAUUUUUUGCCUUUUGACAACACUGAAAACAAUGACAGCAGUAACUCAGCCACACACAUUUUCCGAGAAAAUGAAGAAAGUUAUUCUGAAAUGUUGAAUUUUAAUAAAUUAUAG